GCGCAUAUAUUUCAACGAGUGCUCGAGUUCCGCUGAGGAUGAGGAGCUUACAUAGAGUUCCACACGGAAACUGGGCCGGAUUUUCACAAGAGAAGCCACCUAAUUUUUAGUUUAUUCUUCAAAUUUGGCUGAAUUAACCUUAUACCAAGUCAUCGGAAAAUCGCAGGAUGGAUUUCUUAGAGACCCUGUUUUUGCUACCGCCCCUGCUGUACGCACCAUUUCUGGUAGGAUCCCUGUGCUUGGUGAUCAACUACCUGGUCUACUCGCGGCGCGUGGCCCAGUGGCGCAAGUCGAACAUCCCUUUCCUGGCCCCGAGCUUCCUCAUCGGGCACAAGUACUUCUGGGGCGUCGGGAGCAACUCCGCAACUGUCGUCCCCCUCGAUCGCAUCUACCGGGAGAAUAAAGACAAAGACCUCGUCGCUUUCUUCAUCGCCACCAUGCCUGUCGUUCUACUUCGGAAACCGGCACUUAUCAAGCAGGUAUUUGCGAAAAACUUCGACGAAGCGUUCAAAACUGGGUUUGCGGCGCCCCACAACAAUAAGGUUGUAGAGCUCAUGUUGGUUCAAUCUCCUUUCAAAAGCGUCUGGAAAGCCCAGCGGAGCGCGCUUUCGCCCAUGUUUGCGACGGCGAGAUUUGGCGGUGAGGAAUUCGCUAGGAUCAGGAACCAGAUCGCCCACAUGUCGACCCACGUUGAGAAAGCGCGCCUCCAUGGGAAGCCUAUCGACAUCAAAAAGGUGGCAAUGAACUUUUUCCUGGACAGCAUCUCCAACAGCUUUCUCGAUUUGAACGACAACUCAUACGAAAAGGAGGGAGAAUUUCGUAAAUUCGUUAAGAAUUUUAUCGAGCCAGGGUGGGACAAACUGCUGAGCGUAUUUGCUCAGAUGCACCUCCAAGGGAUGCCAACUUUGGAUUCGUUGCAGUUCAUCACUCAAAAGCACAUUGAAUAUAUGAAGACUUUGCUUCAGAGGCAGAUGAAGCAGAGAAGUCAGACCGGUGACCAAAGAAAUGACCUUAUCGACCUCCUCAUCAGACUCAAAGAACAAGACCAAAAUGGAAAACUGGAUUCAGAGAUGGACAUGACAAAUAAGACGAUGGGCCUUGGAUUAUCCUUCCUCCUGGGUGGUUUAAAAGGCUUGGGGACAGUUGACAUUUUGAUAAGUUUUACCGUGCACUUGUUAUCCCUCCACCCGGAACAUCAGGAGCGAAUAAGACAAGAAGUGGAGGAGGUCAUGAAAGAACACAAUACCACGGAAAUCACUUACGAGGUUGCUCGGGAUCUUCACUUCCUCCAGCAAUGUCUACGCGAAACGGCACGUUUGUACCCGAAUACAUCAGCACUAACGAGAGUGUGUACGGAGGACUUUACCCCGGCCGGCACCAGCUACAAUUUUAAGAAAGGCGAGCUUAUUAUUGUCGACCCUUACUCCAUCCACCGAGAUCCGGAAUACUUUAAGAAUCCGGAUGUGUUCGACCCGGACCGGUUCAGCUCGGAAAACAGAGAUAGUAAAUCGGUUGAUGCUUUUCUUGGCUUCGGAAAAGGACCCCGAAAAUGUCCAGGUAGCAAUGUUGGUCUCCUACUAGCGUCGACUCUGAUUGGUUCUCUAGUGCACAAGUACGAGGUGAGACCACGGUCUCACACGAAGCAAAUGGAUGCUCACGAUUUCCAUCCCCGGAGUUUCGGCAUCGUUCAUAAAGAUGACGUCCUUGUUGACGUCGUGCCCCGAGAGAUUCUCGCUUAUUGACUACUGAUCGAUCACGAAUAAUAACAACCUAUCGCUGAUGUAUUUUAGGACGCCUUGAAACAAUGGUGAUUCUCGCAGGUUGGCAACAAUGCACUUCUUCCAUUUAAAUCCACCAUAAAAAAUCAAUGGAAUAGGUGAUCUGCCGAGCCAAUCAUCGAUUGUUUUAUAUUGGGUGUUUAAUUAUAGGUAGAAUUCAGCACUUUGACUUGCGAGACUGCCACUUCAAACAGUUUUAGUUAAACUUAUUAUUUACAGGAAAUAUAUUAUUUUAAAUUAUAAAAUAUUUUUUAAUUAAUCUUA